AUGGCGCCACCCCGCAAGCGCCGCAGGGCCCCGACCAACCCCAUCGAGGCAGCGAACCGCAAAUCCGACGCCGACUUUGUCAGGGACCAUCUCCAGCCCAGCCCCGAGUGGACGAACUGGACGCAUCCCAAAAGCGGCACGCCAUACACCCUCUCACUCAAGUCUCCGUCGCAACUCUCGCGCAGUGAGUUGCAAGCAUGCUUCAAUCUGAUCGACUAUACCAGCGGAGCCGAUUACCGCGCUUCAAAAGAUGGGUGGCGGCCAGGGCAUAAAAUGAGGGAGAUGAAGAGUGAAGGAUUGCGGUAUAUCCUCGUUAAAAAGUCUGAUGUGUCGCUACCUGGUGCAGCCGCUGCUGGUAACGACAAGAGUGAAGAGGGUGAGGAGGUUGCGGAGGAGAAGAUUUGUGGGUUCACGAGUCUCAUGCCUACCUUUGAAGAGGGCGAGGCUGUGGUCUACUGCUAUGAGAUCCACCUCCUGGAGGAAUUACGAGGCACGGGCGUGGGCCGUACACUUAUGGAUUACCUCGUAAAAGUGGCGGAGAGCAUUCCCAAAAUUGAAAAGGUCAUGUUGACCUGUUUCAUCGCCAACGCGGGUGCGCGCGCAUUUUACGAGAAGCUUGGCUUCGAGAUUGAUGCGCUGUCACCCGUGGAGAGGAAGUUAAGAUUUGGAAAGGUGUUUGUACCGGAUUAUGUUAUCAUGAGCAAGAGGGUUCGUGAUAAGAGCAAGGGUGAGGUAAGGGAGGGCGUGGAUGAGGUUGGUGCAGUGAAUGAAGAGGCGUGA